AUGAUGGGCCAAAGUGGGAAGGUCUCUGGACAUGAUACAAGCUAUGUGGAUACGCCCUGCCCAUCUUCGAAAGACGCAAUCAAUGAGAAGGGAGGCACAAAAAAAUCAGAGGAGAAGGUUCAAAGGAACUCACCUAACCAAAAUAAAAAUGGCACCCUUGCAUUUGUCAAAAGUAAUUUUUCAAAUGAAAGGAGUAAUAACGUAACGAUGGUCCAUGAGGAAGGGGCCCAUGUAGGGAAGCAUACGUGCGGGCAGUUCUUAGUAGAGCUUCCUUCCAAAACUAACACCAAUGCGAAGGUAGAAGAACGAUCCAAUGAAACUGGCGUGAAUGGAACAAAUAUCACCAACGCAGAUGAAAAAAGGAAGAGUCGAACCCCUACUAACAAGAUAACCUCCCCAACCCCCUCCGCCAAAACAUUCGCCGAAAGGAUGACACAUAAAAGGGGAACCAACGAAGUCGGCGUGAACGAAACCAGGAACAAUGAUGGCGUGUUCGGCGAAGAAGACAAGCCCGUCGUCGAUACGGGAGCACCCCAGUUGGGACACCCAGCAAGCGAUUCUCAAAAUAUUUCCAACGAAAAAAAAAAAAAAAAAAAAAAAAAAAAAAAAAAAAAAACCAACACCCUUCAUGGGGUUAGAAAUGAAACUGUCAACGAAAGCAUAAAGGAACAGGAAAAAGGUGCAACCAGUCUCCAGUACGAUUCCUGGCACGAGAUGGACGAUUCGAAAGGGGAAGAUUUGUCAAGCCCCAAGACAGCAAUCAGGACAGACAAGCCCAACAAAAGGGACUCAGUCGUGAAGGAUACACAGCGGGGAAUGGGUCCAACAAGCGUGGUCAUGCUAAACAAUGAGGACAUUCCAGCGAGUGAGAACGAUAACAGAGAAAACCCACCAGAUGGAUGGCCAAAGAAAAAAAUAACCCUUCUAAAGAGGAACGAAAUGAAGUAUGAAAAAUACACAGGGCGUGGAAAUUACCCUGUAGGAAGCACCCCUGCAGGAGGAAAGAAUUGGCACCCAGAUACAUCUCAGAAGACACUUGAACAGAGAGAAAAGGAAUAUAGAAAAAUACGCGCGAGGAUUUUUUCCAACUUUAAUAAAAAGAAAAAUAGCUUAAAGGUUCCAGAUGAUUGCAUCUUCAAAGAUUCUUCUAACGUUAUCCAGGAUCGUCCCCUAGCUACCCAUUUCUCCAUGCCGAUUGCAAAUCCCUAUAGUGCACCGGAUAAUAGUGUUUACGGCACAGUUAUGAACAAUAAUUACGAUACAACAAUUAACAACAUGUACUCCUGUGCGAUUAAUGGAUCUUACGCCUCGGUAAAUACAAACCCAUAUGGAAGCGAAUUCUGUAACCUCCCCCCUGGUAACCAUGACGGUCACAUUUACACACAGAGUAGUAUGCAUAUAGGCAGGGUGAACGGGACAAAUGAUAUACCUCCCCCACCGCCAAGCUUCUACCCAAACGGUCAAACAGUUUUUACAAGUUAUAUGUACGACAUACAGAACCAGUCAGGCUUUUCCAAAACGGGUGCUUCCUUUCCUUUCUCCAUCGAGUCAAAUGCGAAUUGUUACUCGCAUUACAAAAAUAUGAAUUGCUUACCUGCCAGGGGAAAUAUCUCCAAACGCGGCAAAACGAAAAAGACAAAUAAUUGCACUAAGGGUGGUGAUGUACGUAAAGAUAAUCAAAUAGGUAUUAACCAACAGGAAUUGAACAGUGGCCAUUACAACAAUGGAACGUACAUAGAUGGAAUGUACCCCACAGGUAUCUAUAACAACGACGCACAUAAGAAUGGUUUGUAUGCCUACGGGUUGCAAAGUGGAAUCCCUCCAAAUGAUCCCGUCCAAGGCACUGCACUGAUGAAUCUAACCAAACAACACAACCUCAUCAACAUCACACACGUAGAAACGGGUAGCCAAAUGACCAACACAAUUCAACUUCCCAACAUAGGGAGGGCAAUGUUCAAAGGAAAGCACUUUACAUCUUUAAGUAAAAAUAUGAACCAAGACAUUUGCAAAAAAAAUAAACCACCAAUGGAUAAAGGGAUCAAUAGUGCCUCCAGAAAAAAAGGGGGAAAUGGAAUCCAUAACAAUAUCGUAGCUCCUGAAAUUCCAAGACAGAUAGACUUCCUUCAUGGGGGGAUGGAAAACCUGCAAAACACUGAGACUCUCGUCAAUGGCGGAGCCACCUCCCGAAGGAAGAAAAAGGAAAACGUAAGAGGUGUCACUGCCACUGCAAAUGCAUACCCAAUGAAGAACACCAACUUGGUGAACACCCCCCCGUCGAACUGCCUUACCAAUGACGAAGACCUAUGGGGAAAUAUAAACCAAAGGACGAUUGACGAUGUAGAAAGUGCGAAAGGGAAGCGAAUACAACCAGGCACCCCCCCGUUUAGCGUUAAUGAGGGGAUGCAUACGACCAAUCAACAACAUUCUUGUACUGCUCAAUCAGAAGGCAUCCCUGAGGAGCAAUUCGAACAAGGAGCAAAUGAAGAGGGAACUGUAGGUGCACAAAACGGAACGAAAAGAGAACAAAAAAAUGCAUGCCCUGUUCAGGUAAAUGUACGAAAUGAAGGACAGGGGAGAAAUGAUGCCCAGUGGGAGGGAGAAGGAAUUUCACCAUCCCAAUACAGUGAUUCACAACCCCGAAGGAAGAACCCAUCAGGAGGUGCGCUCACCAACACGAACGACAAUAAAGACACACAUACCAAUGUAGUAUGCUUAGAUGAGGGAGGCAAGAAUAAACACUCUCCAAACCUAGAUGACAUAACUGAUAAUGGAGAAACGAAGGGGAAAAAGAAAAAGAAUAACAGAAGGAGGAAAAAAAAAAAUGUUCAGAAUGGUACGGCAAAGGGGACGGUUACCACUAUGGGGUCGUCGAUGGGAUCAUCAACUGGGCCAGUCAUCAACAUACUGAGCACCAGUGCAAUGGUCCCGCCCACGGUGAACCCUCAUGCGGCCAAUGGAUCAAUGACAAGUACCACUUACCUGCAAAACCAAGGAGCAACCCUUGGACGAAGGAACCACCCAUUGCAAAAGUACAGCGACCCCCUCCUAGCCAUAGAUGAAUUAGAAUACUGCAGGGACAUAAGCCUAUACGAAAGAAGAUUCGAUAGGGGAAAUAACACGUUAGAAAACAGUAAGAGGUAUGAUGUAGACUUUCCUUCUUUGUAUUGA